UAUACCCUCCACACUAAACCAAACUACAGGAAGUACUGAAUCUCUGAAACACAAAUCUCGCUUUCGGAAAAGCCUCAAAUGGCAGACCAACCGCAGAUUUAUGAACUCAACAAUGGAACCGUGGUUGUUAAGAUCACCAACUAUGGCUGCACUAUCACCUCAUUGUCUGUUCCUGACAAAAACGGUAAAUUAGCCGAUGUCGUCCUGGGAUUCGACACUGUCGAACCGUACGUGAAAGGUACUUCACCUUAUUUUGGAUGCAUUGUGGGAAGGGUUGCAAACAGGAUAAAAAAUGGCAAGUUUACUCUUAAUGGAACGGGGUACUCUUUGCCAAUCAACAAGCCUCCAAACAGUCUCCACGGUGGAUUCAAGGGUUUUGACAAGAGAAUAUGGGAGGUAGCAGAAUAUAAGAAAGGCGACAAACCCUCCAUUACUUUUAAAUAUCGCAGCAGCGAUGGUGAGGAGGGUUACCCGGGUGAUGUUUCUGUGACUGCAACCUACACUCUAACUUCAAGCAUGACAAUGAAGCUUGACAUGGAAGCAGUGCCCGAGAAUAAGGCCACUCCAAUUAACUUGGCUCAACAUACUUACUGGAACUUAGCGGGCCACAACUCAGGGAACAUACUUGACCAUACAAUUCAGAUAUGGGCAUCAGAAAUGACUCCAGUGGACGAGAACACAGUUCCAACUGGAGAAAUCAAGCCAGUUAAAGGGACUCCUUUUGACUUCACUGCUGAGAAGAAGGUUGGUCUUCAAGUCCAUGAGGUAGGUUUGGGUUAUGACCAUAACUAUGUUCUUGGCGGUGGGGAAGAAAAAUUGGGUUUGAAACGUGCUGCCAAAUUGAAGGACCCAUCCAGCUCGAGGGUCCUUAACUUAUGGACCAAUGCACCUGGGAUGCAAUUUUACACUGGUAAUUACGUGAAUGGAGUUGUCGGGAAAGGAGGUGCUGUUUAUAAUAAGCAUGCAGGGUUAUGCUUGGAAACGCAGGGAUUUCCAAAUGCCAUAAACCAAUCAAACUUCCCAUCAGUCGUUGUUCAACCUGGUAGCAAGUACCAGCACACUAUGUUGUUUGAGUUUUCAGUUGAGUAAGUUUCUGAAGUCUUUUGAAUUUAGAUAUGGGAAUAAGUGUACUGUUGGUUUGCCUAGCUUCAAUUUCUGGAAGACCAUGGGUUCCUUUUAGUUCCUCUUAAUAAUAUGAUGACGAGUUCCGAGUAUUGAAGUGAACUUUUGUAGAGAUGAACUAUUUAUCGUGGUAGAUGUUUUGUAAUGUUCUUGCCCCAUUGGAAAGUGUGGAAAUAAAUGAGGAUAUUUUGGGCCAUAAAA